ACUUACAUGACUCGGACUCACGUCCCAGAUUUGAAGACUUUAGAGCAGGGAUUUAAAUGUUUUUUAGGCCAAGGACCCCUUAGCCUAAACAGAGACAGAGCUGCGACCCCUGUGUAUAAAACUGAUUUUCAGUAUUGCAUACAAUACUGAGCUAUUCAAAUAAUUAUUAUUAGCAGAUUGAUAUAAUUACACAUCAUGUUUAUUUCUGAUGUGGACUACUUUCCGAGUCUCCCGAUCAAAAAGUUACAAAACAAUCCAUCGUGGCUCACAGGAACUUGGUAUAAUAAUACAGCCAAUUGGCCAAAAUGUUUCAAAAGCACUUAACUGUUAGCUACCUAGUUCACCUUGCUGUUAUGGACAGGUGCUGCAAAGUGAGUAAGUGUUAGCCGGCUGACAUGAUUGCACAGGGAUUCAUGGUUAACAGGUAGCCUAUCACCGAUGUUGUGUACUGUAAAUUAAAUGUGUGGAUUUUUUUUUAUAUAUUUGUUAAUAGUAUGUUGGAUUCAUGAUAUAUUUUAAUUUUAAAAAGAAAAAAAAAACAAAAAAAAAACUAAAAUUUAAAUUCAAAUGAGUAACUCUGAGGACCCACUUGAGGUAAUGGAUGUUGUGUUGAAGACCAAUGGUGUUAGAGUCCACUUUACAGAAGCACAAAAGACAUAAACACCAGCAGCUUGAGAAUGCUCUUGAAUUUAAGCGUUUUGACAUGAACAUACUUGAUACCUCCCCAAAAGCCAAUCUAAGAAGUUUAUAGACAUUUUCAACAUGAGACAACAUGAGAUGUGUCAAAUGGAACAAAACAGGACAGAAAUAUACAAAAUUCACUUUGCUAGCUGCUAGUUUAUAGUGCUAUAUGCUUUGAAAUGGCAAUGUCAGAAUUCCUUUUUCAUGCUUAAGUUCAGUCGCAAGUGUUUUAACAACUUGUAGGAAAUAAGUACAACUUUUUAAAGGCUCUCCUGAUUUUUGUAAAUGUAUUUUGGUAUUGCCCUGUUGUUUAAUGGCAUUGCAUUUUGUGAAGAGUGCAUUAUGACUUGUUCAGGACUCGAAACUAAAAGGUGUAGGAUUUGGGACUUGCCUGUUUCAGCCUGGGACUUGAGUGCAAAACCUCGAGACUUCAUGUGACUUACAAAACAAUGGGCCCCAUUCGCUAAUAUCUGCGUUCUUAUUCUGCGCAUAAAAUAAGUGCGCACGCAGUGAAUUUGUUCUUAAUAGCGUGCGCGUGUUGCUAAAUCAGAAUCAUUCUAAAUCGGCAGGCGCGUGCUCGUUAUUUGUAAUCAGGACACUGCCACGCCCCCAUUUCGCUAAAUAAGGAAAUACGUUUGCAGCGAUGGGAAUCCAGCGGGGAAGUUGUUUCUACGCGUGGAAAAAGGCCCACAGUCGGAAACGGAAAACAGCUGAUAAGCCUCCAACCUCUGACGCGCUCUUUCCUAAAUUCACAGGCUCCAGUGUCUUCCAGCACGGUUUAAAGGAAACAGAAGUGAGAAGUAGUCUCCUGCAGCAAGGGAAGAAGCCACUUUUAAGUGAUUGCUUCUCCUUCGAGACAUAACGAACGUAACCAGCAUGGAUGUGGAUUAUAUUGAAUAUGAUGAUUACACUCCAGACAAUCUCAGUGAAACUGAGAACAACAUGACCAACACUGGACUACUGACUUUCAGUACUUCUAAGUCAUCUUUGACUCAUGUUCUGGUGGCUGUCAAUAUCAUUAUAUCAGUGAUUGGCCUCGGAGGAAAUUCAUUAGUGAUCUGGAUCUGUGGAUGUAAAAUGAAAAGAACCGUCAUCACCAUCUGGUACAUAAGUCUGGCCAUUUCAGACUUUUUGUUCUGUGCCUUUUUGCCUCUUGAAGUUUUCUACAUGAUCACCUCACACUGGCCUUUCGGACUGUUUUUGUGCAAGCUCACCUCCUCCGCUCUGUUUCUCAACAUGUACAGCUCUGUGUUUCUGUUGGUUCUCAUUAGCGCUGAUCGCUGUAUAAUGAUCUUGUUUCCCAUUUGGUCGCAUAACCACCGGACAGUGCAGAAAGCAAUAGGAAUUGUUGUCCUCAUGUGGCUCGUCUCUGCACUUCUAACGUUGCCCUCGCUGAUCUUCAGACAAACCACAGUCCACGGCUCAGUCACCCAGUGCUACACUGGGUACAUGGGCCACUCUGUACACAAGGCAGUGGUGCUGUCUCGAUUCAUCUUUGGGUUCCUGAUUCCUUUCUACAUGAUUGUCUUCUGCAGCCUGGUGCUCUGUGUGAAGCUGAGGACGUUGACCAUCAAAUCAACAAAGCCUUACAAAAUUAUGGCAGCGCUCAUCUUGUCAUUUUUUUCCUGCUGGGUCCCCUAUCAUACCUUUGUUCUCUUAGAGUUGGACGUGAAGAACCACAGCCUGGAGGUACUUCACACUGGCCUGAAGGUGGGGGCCACCCUGGCUGCAGCAAACAGCUUCAUAACUCCAGUUCUCUAUGUGUUCAUUGGCAAUGACUUUAAACAAACCCUAAAGCGAUCUUUGACAUCAAAGAUAGAGGAGGCGAUGGCGGAGGAUUUCCGUACAGGUCCUAGGGGCAGUGAUCUUUCCAGGGUGGCUGUGGGCUCCCCUAGUCCCUUCUUGGUGGUGCCACUAAAUGAUAGAGCAGAGAGAUAAAAAUAAAAUAUAAAACUGAUAAAAUCAUAUGCCAGGCCAUAUUUUACCUCAGAAGUGUGUACUGUACAUACAUGUAUGUAUCAAUGAUGUAUUUAUAAUAAUGAUAAAACCUCAUUGAUUUUUACAAGAUAUAACAUUUGUAUGACAAAAUUGUUUGUUUCAGUAAGUGAUGCAUGUUUAAAUUUAAACAAAAAUUAAAUUUAAAUUUUCUAAAAAAAAAAUCACCCAUAGAUAAAUAAAUAAAAUAAAUAAAUGAUACAGCUACUUACAUUGUUGUAACUCUAUUCAGUUCUGUACAUUUCAAACUUCUCUUUGGUUAAAUGUACCCUUUACCAGUAAGCAGUGCUGUUUAUUUUUGUAUUUGAGCAAUUUUAUAUUAAAUAAAACAUUUUACA